AUGCACCAUGUCAUCCAGCGAUCAUUUGUGUCCCUGGCUUUUCUCCUUCGUUUUAUCCUUACCAUGUUUUCUUGUUAUACCAGACAAUCUCUCGCCAAGAGGAGCCAACGUUUCUUGCUAUCAGGUGCUCGGAGACGAGGCUAUCAUGAUCGUGACAUUUAUGGAUACCGAGUACCCAAGGAAUACCAAAUGCCAGAUUACACAACAGAGGAGUUAUCGAAUCGUAUGGCGUAUGGCAGUCUUCUCCGCCUUGUUCAAGCCUAUCGUACGCAUGGCCACAAGUCGGCCCAUUUGGAUCCUUUGGAUAUCAUGAAUCAUGAGAAGGUGCUUGCUUUACAACCUGAACGAUACGGUCUCACGGAUCCAAAGAAGGUUUACAACUUGGCCGGCAUUUUGCAUGUUACUGAAAGUGCUGAAAAUGCAUCAGCUCGCCAAGACGCUGACUUUGAGACAAUCCUUGAACACCUUAAUACCGUCUACUGUGGCAAGAUUGCCCAUGAAUUCAUGCACUUACCUUCUGCAAGCGAGCGACGCUGGUGGUAUCACGCUGUUGAAUCUUGGAACAAGCCUCAGCUCUCGGUUGAAAAGAAAAAGAGAAUCCAUGAGCUCUUGGCCAAAUCAGAGACUUUCGAUCACUUUUUGGCAAAGAAGUUCCCCAACGUCAAGCGAUAUGGCCUUGAAGGUGCCGAAAGCAUGAUGGUCGCUUUGGAUUGCUUGUUUGAGCUAUCAGCUAAAUCUGGUGUUCAAGAUGUCCUAAUCGGCAUGCCUCAUCGUGGCCGUCUUAAUCUCCUGUGCGACCUCCUUGAAUACCCAUACGCGUCAUUGUUUAGCAAGAUCAAGGGCAACUCUGAAUUACCCGAGAACACGGUUCAUUCUGGUGAUGUGAUUUCUCAUUUGAUUAAUAACCCUACACUCAAGUAUGAUGGCCAAUCGGUGAAUGUAUCCUUGCUAAGCAAUCCCUCGCAUCUGGAAGCCAUUAAUCCAGUGGCUAUGGGUAAAGCCCGCGCAAAGCAAACCGAGCUCAUGAGAUCAGCUGAUCCUAAUUGCAACUUGGGUGAUCGUGUCAUGUGUGUACAAAUCCAUGGCGAUGCGGCAUUCACUGGUCAAGGCGUUGUUAUGGAAUCAUUGAGCUUAUCCAACUUGCCCCAUUAUUCAUCAGGUGGCUCGGUGCACAUUGUGGUCAACAACCAAUUGGGUUACACGACUCCUGCUCAGAAUGCUCGUUCAUCAACCUAUUGUUCGGAUAUCGGCAAGAUGAUUAACGUCCCUGUGGUCCAUGUGAAUGGUGAUUUCCCAGAAGACGUUGCACGUGCCAUGGACGUUGUGUUUGAAUACCGUAACAAGUUCCGCAAGGAUAUCAUCUUGGAUCUUAUGUGCUAUCGUCGAUGGGGUCACAACGAGCUUGAUGAACCUGCUUUUACUCAACCGCUCAUGUACAACACCAUUCGUCAGCAUGAUUCUGUUCCCAAGCUUUAUGAGCAAAAGUUGAUUAGCGAGCAAGUGUAUCCUUCUCAAGAAGCUGCCGAUGCUGUUCGUGUAUCACAAUUUGAAGCCUUGAAUGAGGAGCUACAAAAAGCAAACAAUGGACCCAUUCCUGCACCCGAAUCUUAUCAUCUUCAAGGCAACUGGAAAGGCAUGACCCAUCCUACAAACCACACAAGCGAACAAGUGGUAACGGGUGUUGACGACAUUCAAAACCUGGUUGACAUUGGCAAGCGCUCUGUGACACCACCUGUGCCUAUGAAGUUGCAUCCACGUCUUGAAAAGUAUCAUGUGGCUUCUCGUAUCAAGCGAUUGGAGGAAGGUAAACCUAUCGAUUGGGCCACAGCUGAAGCAUUGGCUUUUGGUAGCCUUAUGCAAGAAGGCUAUGAUGUGAGAAUCUCUGGUCAAGAUGUGGGUCGUGGUACCUUUUCGCAACGCCAUGCCAUGUUCGUUUGCCAGGAGACUGAAAAGGCCGCCAUCCCUCUUAACACGGGUCUUGGGCCAUCUCAAGGUUAUCUCGAGGUUGCCAACAGCCCCUUGUCAGAGUUUGCUGUUCUAGGAUUUGAAUAUGGCAUGGCCAUUGAGACUCCUAAACGUCUUGUUAUUUGGGAAGCUCAAUUUGGCGACUUUUUCAAUGGAGCGCAAAUCCCCAUUGAUACAUUCAUCUCAAGCAGCGAGUCCAAGUGGCUGCGUCAAAAUGGCUUGGUGAUGCUUUUGCCACAUGGUCAAGAUGGUGCAGGUCCCGAACAUUCGUCUGGUCGUGUUGAACGAUUCCUCCAGAUGAGCGAUGAUCCAUUCGAUGUGGAAAAGACAUAUGACGUUACUCCAAACUGGCACGUGGUUAACUGCACCACGCCAGCCCAAUACUUCCACGUGCUUCGUCGACAGAUGAUUCGUGAUUAUCGCAAGCCGCUGAUUGUUAUGGCACCCAAGGGAUUGUUGAAAUCGGCCGUGGCUGUUAGCCCCUUGAAUGAUAUGGGUGCUGGUACAUCCUUCCAACCUGUCCUUGAUGAUCCUGCAUGUACCGAAGAUCCUGGCUCUGUAGAAAAGGUUGUCUUUGUUUCCGGCAAGCUUUACUAUGACUUGGCUAAGGAACGGGCCGCCAAGGGACUCGACAAUCAAAUCGCUCUUGUGAGAUUGGAAGAACUUUGCCCCUUCCCAAGAGAUCAAAUUGAGCAAGUGCUUAGCAAUUACUAUGCUGCACGUGACUUUGUAUGGUGCCAAGAAGAACCCCAAAAUGCUGGUGCUUACUCUUUCAUUGCACCACGCCUGACACAACUCCUCCCUUAUCAAAGCAAGAUUGAGUAUGUGGGUAAACCACCACUUGCUGCUCCUGCUGUUGGCAUCGCUUCUCGUUACCGUGCUGAGCAAGCCAAGGUGAUCCAAGAUGCACUCACACUCUAA